GGGCACUAUUUCUUCACAGCGUUUGUUUGGUUUCAGCAUGUGGAGGACAUACAGCAGAAAAGUUUUUUAACUGAAACUAACGUGUGUUUUGUUGUUGUUUUUUUAGUUUAGUUUUAAUUUAGCUUAGCUAACGUCGUCUGUUUGGUUUUUUUUGCCCGUUUUCUGGCCGGAGUACUCCUCAACCGUUGGUUUUGAACGUUAGAUAACGUUCUAUUUUUAAAUCGGCCAGCGCGAGACACUUCUAACAAGUAAGCAAGCUGUCAGCUGACAAAAUAAAAAGUUUCUUCAAAGUAAAAGUCAGUGUAAAUAUAUAUUUUUUAAUUUUUUAAAUAACGUUAUUUAUAGACCCCCCCCUCCCGUCGUCGCCAUGGAGAGAAACGGCCGUCACUCGGCAACGCAGGAGUAUCCACAUCCGUUCAUCCACGAGGUGAAGCUGACCCGCGCGCAGAGGAUCAGGGGCAUCAUCCUGGGCAGUGUCCUCUUCCCCCUCCGCAUCCUCAUGGCGGUCCUCUGCUUCCUCCUCAUGUGGCCCGUCGCCCGGCUCCGAAUGGCCGGCCUCUCCGAGGAGCAUCGCUCUCGGCCCGUGGAGGGCUGGAGGCGCUGGCUCCUCCACCCGAUCAUGCUGUGGCUGAGCCGGCUGACCUUCUUCUUCCUGGGUUUCACGUGGGUGAGGGUCAAAGGCCGCCGGGCCGACCUGAAGGAGGCGCCGGUGCUGGUGGUGGCACCUCACAGCAGCUUCUUGGACAUGGUGGUUCUGAUGCCGACCCAGCUGCCGACGGUGGUGUCCCGGUCGGAGAACACCAGCCUGCCGGUCAUAGGAGCUCUACUGGAGUUCAACCAAUCCGUGCUGGUGAGCAGGACGGACCCGGAGUCGAGGAGGAAGGCGGUGGCGCAGCUCACAGAGAGGAUGACCUCCGGCGGCUACUGGCCUCAGAUGCUGAUGUUUCCCGAGGGAACCACAACCAACGGCACCGUGCUCAUCAAAUUCAAACCCGGUGCCUUCCUCGCCGGACUCCCGGUCCAACCGGUUCUGUUGCGCUACCCCAACAAGCUGGAUACUGUUCGCUGGACAUACAAAGGCACAAGCUGGACUGAGGCACUGUGGCUCACAGCUUCUCAGUUCUACACCAACAUAACUAUCGAGUUCCUUCCAGUUUACAGCCCCUCGCAGGAGGAGAAGAAUGACCCCAACCUGUACGCAGACAAUGUGCAGAAACUCAUGGCCAAGGCCCUUGAUCUCCCGUCUACAGAUUAUGUGAUGGAGGGCCGAGUUCCCGUCAAUAAGCUGGGCGGUCUCUCUCUCCCACUGGAGUCUCCGGCCAGGAAAACACUCAAGCUGCUGCGCAGAAACGGUCUGGGAGCGCAUGAAGUGGAAGCGGCACUGGACAGAAUGAUUGACAGGUGUCAGUCAGGAGCUCAGGGGUCAAAAGUCAGCGGAGAGGAGCUCUCCUCUAUCCUCGGGCUGACGGAUACACAGACGGACGUCGCCAUCUGUGACUUUUAUUCCAAGGAUGAGAUUGUGGACCUCAGGCCGAUCUAUUUGACUGUUGCCGCUCUGUCAGGAUGCGUCAGCUUCAAGUCACUGCUUCACACAGCUUUCACUCUGUUUGACGCAGAGGACCGAGGCAGUCUGAGUGCAGAGGAGCUGUCGGACCUCAUGGGGGCACUGCUGGAUUUCCCUCAGCGCCACACUGCCGAGCUUUACACGCAGGCCUCCGAUGGAGGCCGGCUCACUGAAGAAAAUCUGCUGCGAGUGCUGACGACCCACCCGACCUAUCAGAGAGUGGCGAGCGAGUACAUGCAGCCCGAGGAGGCGGGCUCCCAGCCGGCCAAUGGGAAGGCUGUGAACAACAACGGAAGCAUGCACAACAGCAACAAUGGAUCCCUCCACCACAACAAAAAGCUUGAAUAAGGAGGAAAAUUUGGAUUCCGCUUUUUACAGGACGUUAAGUCAGGUUUGUUUUAUGUCCUCUGCAUCCUCGAGUGCAGCAACGGGACAAUAAUCGUCGACAAAAGAUUGUAUUUUAAAAUGUGUGUGUGUGUGUUUAUAGAUGUAUUUUAAAGUCUAUAUUACUGUACAGUCAAACAUGCCAACAUUAGAAAACCAAAGAAUGACUACAGUGGCUCUGAGGUGUGACUGUGCGUCUUGUAUAUUUGAAGACUUGAAGUUUACGAGUGCACAUUUUUUUUUUUUAACGGCCCAAAAUAAAUCGUGCUCAUGUGUUGUUCCAGAUGCUGUUAAAAGACUCCAUUACCUUGCAUAACAUGUCUUAUUUAUAUAAUUCCCUCUUUUGUAUGCUUUUUUUUUUUUUUUUUUUUUUAAUGGGAC